UGCCGCUGGGCUUUCCUUCCUGCGGCGAGCAAAGCGGUCGCAGCCUUCAGGGAAGUGUUUUGCAAUCACCUUCUUCAGAGAGUCACAGCAAUUAACGGCACUUGUUUUGAGGAACUAACGGUGAAAGCAGCAUGUUAGCAAAUGGGCUGAGCACGGCGAGCUGCCAGGAGCCGGAGGCCGGUGCUCGGAGCGGGCGGUGAGCAGCCGCCAGACGCAUCAAGCACAGAGGAGAGGUAGAGAUGGAGGCAAGGAAGCAUCGGUGACGGUGGCAGCACGGCUCCUCCAGCCCCUUCCCGGCCCGCCAGGACAAGCCGCUGUGUCCGUUCCAGGUGAUGCCAAAGCCACAGAGGAGACCAUGGCCAGGCGCGGUGCUGGGACACCCUUCCUGCUGCAGCUCUCCCUGCUCCUGCUCCUCUGCCCGGGUGGGACCCUGGGCUGUGCCUCGGUGGCCGCGGGCUCACCUGUUGUGCCCCUGGGCUCGGCCGUCACGGCGUCCUGCACCAUCCAGAGCGAGCUCUGCCGCGGCUUGGAGCCAGGGAAGGUCCGGAUCACCUGGAUGCUGGAUAACGAGCCUGUGGCUGGGAGCCAGCACCAGGGCCCGGGGGGCACAGAGGUGUCCAACCUCACCCUGCCCCAGUUCAACCACACGGAGGCCAAGCUGUGGUGCUGGGUGGAGUGGAAUGGGACCAAGCAGCGUGUCGGCAUGGCCGAGAUCAGGGCAGGCUACCCACCUGCCAAGCCCUUCAACCUCAGCUGUGUCCUGAACCUCAGUGACUAUGGGCUGACGUGCCAGUGGGAGCAGGGAGCUAACAGCCACCUCCCCACCAGCAUCGCCCUGAAGUGUGCCGGGAGCAGAACCCAGGCAGUGACAGGCUGCACCCCGCAAGGUGGCCACAGCCACUGCACGGUGCCGCGCCAGCUGCUCCAGCUCUACCGGCAAAUGGAGAUCUGGGUGUCCGCCACCAACGCCCUGGGCACAGCCGAGUCAGAGCAUCUCUGCAUUGACCCCAUGGAUGUCGCCAAGCUGGACCCCCCGGCCCUGCAGAGCAUCCAGUCCAUCCCCUUUCAGACCGACUGUGUGGCCCUGGCCUGGGAGGUGGCGAGGACCAACGCACACAUGGACCUGCAGUGUGAGCUGCGCUACAGGGCAGCCGAGGAGCCUGCCUGGGCUCUGGUCACCAGCAUCGUUGGCCAGUCUGGCACCACGCAGUGCUGCGGCUUCCUCUUCGGCACGCAGUACCACUUCCAGAUGCGGUGCCGGCGAAGCACGGCACAGGGCUACUGGAGCGAGUGGAGCCCAGGCAGGAACUACACCACCCAUGAGAAAGCCCCCACAGGGAAGCUGGAUGCCUGGUGGAGCACUCGGCCGGCCGGGGCGGGUGGGUGGCUGGAGGUGCAGCUGCGCUGGAAGGCCCCACGGCGCCAGGAGGCGAACGGGCAAGUGCUAGGGUACCGCAUCACACUGAGCCCCAGGAGGAGGGGCAGGGACCCCCCCACCAUCUGCAACACCACCCACACCCAGUGCAACUUCUCCGCACCCAUGGGGACCAGGAGGGUCUAUCUCUCAGCCUACAAUGCCGCCGGCGAGUCAGCAGCAACCGAGGUCGUCCUCCUGGAGAGGAAAGGUCAGCCCCUAGCCGGGCUCCGGGCUGUGCCCAAGGGGGAGCACAGCCUCUGGGUGCAGUGGGAGGCCCCGCCGGCCCCACCACACGCCUACGUCCUGGAGUGGCAGCGGGUGUCCUCGGAGCCCGGCCGCUGCAGCGCCUGCUGGCAGAUGGAGCAUGACGGGGCUGCCACUGCAGCCCUCAUCCAGGAUGGCAUCGAGCCUUUCCAGCGGUACGACAUCUCGGUGUACCCCCUCUACAAGGAUGCCAUAGGGGUGCCCAUCCACACGGCAGCCUACUCCAAGCAGAAGGCACCGUCCUAUGCCCCAAAGCUCCACCUGAAAAGCAUCAGCAAGUCCAGUGCCGAGCUGUGCUGGGACCCAGUGCCGGUUGAGAUGCAGAAUGGCUUCAUCACCAGCUACACCAUUUUCUGGGCCAACAGUGAUGCAGAAGUGUCCAGCGCCACCGUGAAUCCCUCUCUCAGCUCCUUCAUCAUCCAUGAGCUGAAGCCGUCGACCCUGUACAAAGUGCACAUCAUGGCAUCCACAGUUGCUGGCAGCACCAACGGCACCAGCCUGACCCUGGUGACUACAGUGCUAGAUGACACUGAAAUCCAGUUCCUCUUCCUGACCCUGGGGAUGAUCUUUGUCCUGUUCAUCCUUUUGCUCAUCUGCUUCCAGAAGAAUGGGCGGGUGAAGCAGCAGUUCUGGCCCAGCGUCCCCGACCCUGCCAACAGCAGCCUGGGCAAGUGGGUGCCAGCAGAGCUCCAGCAGGAGCCUCUGCACAUCCCCGGCGUGAGGGAGCCUGGCUUGGCCACCAUUUCCACUGUCACGGUGCUUGAAAGGGCAGGGGGGAAGCAGCCCACCACCUGGGGCAAGGAGCCCACCACCUGGGGCAAGGAGCCCUCCACCUGGGGCAAGGAGCCCACCACCUGGGGCAAGGAGCCCACCACCGAGCCCAUCGGCACCUUCCCCGCGCCGCACCUGCCCUACGUGCAGCAGGAGGGUCCCCGCACGCCAGGGCCCGGGAGCAGGCAGACCGUGCAGUACGCGCGGGUGGUGGGCGAGGGGUACAAGGGCCAGCAGCAGCCCCCCCCCCCGGCUCUACCUGCGCUCCAGCUCCACCCAGCCCCUGCUCCUCGACCCCAGCCCCAGCCCCAAGCCCUACGAGAACCUGUGGUUCCACGGGGCCGCCCCUCAGGGCUGCCCGGGGGACGGGGGGUGCCCCGAGGAGCUGUCCGCCACCUUCCCCCUGCUGCAGGGCCUCCGCAUCGGCGGGGCCGAGGAGCUCCACGACUGCCGGGCGUUCUAGGGCCGGGGCCGGGCCUACCCCGGGGCCUGCGGGGGGCCGGGGCCACCCGCCGGGGGCCCGGCUCCCCCGGCCGGUGCUGUGUGCGUCCCCUCCCGCCCCUCCUCUCCCCUCCCGCAAUAAACGGGGACGCGCUGAGAACGGCCCGGAGGCUGUGCGGCGGGACGGGCCCGGGGUGGCCGGCGGGGCGCUGACCCUCCGCCGCGCCAGGGGCUCGGGGGGCGACCGCCCGCAACCUGCCCAGCGACGUGCUCGGCGCUCGGCCCCCGCGCUCGGCGCUCGGCUGUCGCGCCUGGGGCAAGAUGGCGGCGCCCGU